UUAAAGAAACAUUAGGAUGCAGCUCUUCCUGUUGACCAGAGAUUCACCAUCACUCCUGAGUCAUGCUGUGUUCCUGUCCCUGACCCUCCAAACCACACUCUUAUUUCUCAUCUCAGGUGUGUGUUUGGGUGGUGAUGUGAUGUUGUCUCUUGGACCUGUGUAUGGAGCAGUAGGAGAAAGUGUUCAGUUCAACACCACCAUCAGAACUGCUGAUAGACCAGUUAGACGUGUCAGAUGGGAAGUUAAUGAAAAACAUGGUAUUACAUCGAUCAGUGGUUCAGUACAACGUGGAGGAAUGCUUUACCAUCACAGGGAUGGACUGGACCAUCACACUGGUUCAUUAGAGCUACAGAAUCUGUCCCUGAGUGACAGUGGAAAUUACACAGUGACGAUAUAUAAAACUGGGGAAGACCAAGAAAUCAAAGGAACAGUUGAGCUGCUUGUUUUUGAGAGAAUAUCUGGAGUUUCCCUCACUGGUCCAGCACAACCCCUAAUAGGAGAUCAAAGUUCUGCUAAUUUAACCUGUGAGGGAACUGGCUCCAUCAUCACCACAGAAUGGAUGAAGGAUGGUCAACCUCUGUCUCCUAGCAACAACAUAAUUUUCUCUGCUGAUCUGAGAUCAGGGCUGCCAUAG